AUGAUACAAUUCUUCGCCCGACUAGACUUGGGAAAUCUGAAUGGGUCUUCAUACAUCGAGAGGAAUGCUGCCAAUGCAUCUGCGCUCCCAAAUAUUGGGAUCGCUGCAUCUGGCGGUGGUUACCGAGCGCUAAUGAAUGGCGGUGGCGCCCUGCAAGCUUUCGAUUCUCGAACGGUCAAUUCCAGUCUGCGAGGUCAUUUAGGAGGCAUCCUGCAGUCAGCAACUUACCUCACGGGACUGAGUGGGGGCAGUUGGCUUGUAGGGAGUAUCUAUCUUAACAAUUUUACGGACAUCACAACUCUGCGAGAUAGUAAAAAUGUGUGGUUGUUCCAAGAUUCCAUCUUGGUUGGCCCGACGCAGAGCCAAAAUUUCGAUGUUCGGACAGUUGAAUACUUCUUACAGAUACAAGACGCCGUGAGCGGAAAAUAUAGUGCGGGCUAUAACACUUCCAUCACUGACUACUGGGGUCGGGCCUUGGCUUACCAACUCAUAAAUGAUACUGAAGGUGGUAUCGACUACACCUGGUCAUCCAUUGCGUUAAGCACGGAUUUCCAGAAGGGUAGUAUGCCGAUGCCAAUUAUUGUAGCAGAUGGUAGAGCUCCUGGGCAGGUUCUCAUUCCGGAUAACACAACAGUGUUUGAAUUCAACCCUUGGGAAUUCGGAACAUUCAAUCCGCCCUUAGAGGCUUUCGUGCCUGUUCAGUUUCUCGCAUCAAAAUUCUCUGCGGGGGUGCUUCCCACAGCUGAAAAGUGCGUUCGGGGAUUCGACAACGCGGGGUUCGUCAUGGGGACAUCAUCAUCACUCUUCAACCAGGCAUUCCUGAUGAUCAACAACACCGAAGCCUCUCAGGCAAUGAAGAAUUCCAUCAAUCGGAUCCUGGGCUCGAUCGGAGAGGCCAACAAUGAUAUUGCAGUAUACGAGCCGAACCCCUUCUAUCUAUACACCAGCAAGUCCGAAUACGCCAAUUCGACUGUUUUAAGCCUGGUAGAUGGCGGCGAGGAUCUGCAAAAUAUCCCACUGGAGCCUCUGCUACAGCCGCAGCGCAAAGUAGAUGUGAUCAUAGCACUAGAUUCUUCUGCCGAUACGAGUACACGGUGGCCGAACGGUACUGCCAUGGUCGCCACAUACCAGCGCAGUCUUAGCUCAUUGGGCCACAGCAGCGAUCUUGCCUUCCCGUCCGUGCCAGACCAGAACACCUUCAUCAACCUAGGACUUAACAAUCAUCCCACCUUUUUCGGCUGUAAUAGCUCAAACGUGAGCGGCUCGGCGCCUCUGGUAGUCUAUAUUCCGAAUGCGCCGUACGUCUACCAGUCAAAUGUAUCCACGUUCGACCUGCAGUAUAAUACUACAGAGCGCAACGCUAUUAUUGAGAAUGGCUAUGACGUCGCCACGCUGGGCAACGCAACAGUCGAUUCCGACUGGGCGACAUGCUUAGGCUGUGCGAUCUUGAGUCGGAGUCUAGAGCGCACCAGCACCAGCGUUCCAGAGAGGUGCAUGAUAUGUUUUCAGCAGUAUUGCUGGAACGGCACGACAAAUACAACAGACCCGGGCAACUAUGAUCCUCCCUAUAAACUCUCGCAAGUGUAA